CCUCCCCUGCCCCCAUUUCCAUGGCAACCGGUCACCUUGGCGCCCAGGCCCUUGUGGUGCCCCCUGAGCGGAGAGUGUGAGCAGGAGUAGUGGGGCUGGAAGAUCUGGAGAGGGAGAAGAGCCCGCACAGCCGCCUGCUGUCCUGGAAACAUGUAUCAAAUAAGAGAGACAUGAGCAGGUUUGAAAGAAGUGGGGAAGAAGCUAUUGGAGAGUGAACCUUUGAAGAUGGUUGUCAAGCCGGAGACCAACCCCAGUUUCCCGUUCUCGGCCCACGAUAACAAGCACAGCCUCCAGGACUCGGGCGAGUACUUCGACUCCGGCCUGGGACGCCGGAAAGUGACCCCGGUGAGAAGGCAGCACAAUUCCAACAGUUCCCGAUUCUGGAAAGACGAAUCGGUGUCCGGCUGCUUCCGGGGCUCCACCACCUACCAGGUGGCCUUCGUGGCCCAGGGGCCCGUCCCAGACUGGGGCCGCCGGCGCUUCCCGCAGCAUCACGGCCAACGGUGGGCCGCCCUCCCGCCCCGCCCCGCGCCCGGCUGCUGCCCAUUGCCCGGCUGUGGCCCGACACCCAGCUGCCCCCCGACGCCCGCCCGCGGCCCGACUGGAAUCGCGGGCGGCGAGCCCCAGGAGCCCAAGCCGGGCCGCCCCGUCGCUGACGGUGACCCCGAGGCCGCCGGGACCCCCGGGGCCGCACCUCGGGAUGAGGCCCUCCUUUAGGGCCGGACCAGACCGGAGCUGCCCGGGCCGGGGGCCCUGCUGGGACCCCAGCUGGGGGCCGGGGCCGGGGCCGGGCUCACCGUUAUCCGGAUUCAGCGGCUCUAUUAAAGCUUUCCUCCUCCUGGCACUC